AUGUUUCUUCGUGCUGACAAUUCCACGGAGGCGAAUUUCGGUAAUUUUUACAAUUAUUGGUUAACAGAUGGUACAAGCAACUUCGACCUCACGCGUGGCAACUCGACUGGAUCAAAGACACUAUCAGCAAGCACCCCAAAUAUAACGAUCUCGCUUGCGCGUUCUGCAAUGGUCAUUGUUGAUAUGCAAAAUUUCUUCCUUAACCCGGCAUUUACCACGUUCCCAGCUGGUCUGGCAGCUGUCCAACCAACUAUUGAUGCAGUCCGAGCAUUCCGUUCUGCCGGUGUCAAAAUAAUUUGGUGCCAAUGGGGACUCUCUGAAUACGAUCUAUUAACAAUGCCACCUGGAUUGAAAUUCGGAUUCGCAACCUCACCGAAAGAUUCGAGCACGUCAUUUGGUAGUGAAAUGGGUGUUUUCAAUGGGACCGACUACGGUAGGAAACUUAUGCGAGGAGAAUUCAAUGCGCAGCAAUACGGUCCGUUAUUUGAUCUCGCAAGCGAAGGGAUUGAUUCGGGCACAGACUUUUACUUUCCUAAGAAUCGUCUGAGCGGUUUGUGGGGUGCACAGACACCCAUGGGUCAAUACCUCGAAGAUAAUUUGAUCACGACGCUCUUCAUCUCCGGAGUAAAUGCCGACCAAUGUGUCUUUGGCACAUUCAUUGAUGCGUUCUAUAAGGGUUACGAUAGUAUCCUAAUUCAGGAUGCUACUGCAACGAGUUCGCCUUCCUAUGCCUUUGAUAUGGUCCUGUUUAACGCCAAGUUAGACGGAUUUGUAUUAAAUUCGACUGACAUUGUCAACGGUUUGGGAACAUAG